ACUUACAAUCUUGUCUUGGCAAUUUUUCCUAUCACUCCAGUCUAGUAGAGCUCAUUUGUUCUCCUGUCACUGCCUAGAUCAUCAACCAAGAAAAGUAGCGCUAGCUACCCUAACAAGACCAAGAGCAAGAAUCAUCAAUCAAUGGCAAUAGCUAUAGCUACAAUGGCAAUGCUUAAUGCCAAGUGCUUGAGCAUCAACUCAAGCAAAAACAUCAACCCAAAUAAGCCAUUUACAAAACCCAUUUCCCUUCUCUCCAUGCAAGACCUCCGUAAAGGUCUAACCAUCUCAAAACCAGCAGAGAACACAGCUCUUGUAGGUACUGCCAUAGCAGGAGCUAUCUUUUCUACCUUGAGCUCAUGUGAUCCUGCCUUGGCUGCCCAACAAAUUGCAGAAAUAGCUGCAGAUGGAGACAACCGUGGCUUAGCACUCUUACUUCCCAUAAUACUAGCCAUAGCUUGGGUGCUAUUCAACAUCCUGCAGCCAGCACUUAACCAACUGGACCGUAUGAGGGAGACCAAGGGGGUGAUAAUUGGGCUCGGGCUUGGUGGAUUGGCUGCAUCAAGAUUCAUGUCAGCCCCAGAGGCAUCAGCAAGUGAAAUUGCCAUGAUUGCUGAUGCAACAAAUGACAAUAGGGGUCAGCUUCUGUUGUUUGUAGUUGCUCCUGCUCUUCUUUGGGUGCUCUACAAUAUCCUACAACCAGCUUUGAACCAACUCAACAGGAUGAGGUCUCAGUAGUGAUAUAUAUAUAUAUAUAUUUGUCGUGGAGGUGUAAUGGCAGAAAAGUUUACUUGUAAUUGCACCUACCUUAAUGAAACUCUCUCUGUUCUUAUUU